UUGACAAUGCACCAAAGUCAUCGUUCUAUCGCAACAUUGUCAUUGAGAGAGAUCAAUAGUUUUAACGUCAUGGUGAGUUAUUCCCGAUAAAUCACGCCUCGGGACUGGAGGAAAGACACCCCACUGGCUCUGGUAGCGUAGGAAACAUGCGGCAGAAAUACGCAAGGAAAAGGAAUGAAACAGUCUAGGAAAGGAAAGUUUGUAAAACUCAUGUAAACAACUUUGUUUGCUGUGCAAAGGGCGAAUGUAGGCCUCAUAUUUACAGAGUUUGGAAUUUAAAAUAGCUAAAUAAGAACUCAAGUUUGGCUUAUUCAAUCCGACCAAGUGCGGGAUAUGUUGAGUAUGGUUGCUGGAGAAAUAAGAACAACAUUAUUUAUGUACCUAGCGUUGCGUAUAGCGUUGGAUUUAAAACUGAGUGUGGAAUGUGUACACCCGUGUGCCAUGAUAAAGGAAUCUGUUUUUGUAAGGGAAAGAUGUCUGGUUUUAUUCCGGCUUCCCUUAACGUGGGAAGAGUCCAAGAAUUAUUGUGAUAGCAACUUUUAUGGCGGGAGUAUAUCAGAGUUAUUAAGUGAGGAAGAAAGAAUCAAAGCAUCUGGAUUGUUGAAAACACAUGGCAGCAGCUCAGCCUGGCUUGGGUUAACAGAUAAUGAAACUAGUGGUCACUAUCUAUGGACCUACUCCAGGACCACUAUUAAUGAAACCUUCCUAUUGAACAAUGUCACCCUGUUAAGCCAUGAAGGACACUGCAUUCAAUUACUGACAAACAAUACAUUCACUGUGAAUGAUUGCCAAAACCAAGGAAAUUUCUUCUGUGACAUUGAUUUUAAAGGCUUGGAAAACGUGGCAGACUCUUGCUAUCCUUGGAAAUCUUCAGUGUUCAAAGAUGGGAUUUGUUACAAGUCUUUUAAUAUUCCUUUGUCACCUUCUGAGGCUAAGAUUCAAUGCCAAACAUUCAACGCUUCUAUCUCUGAAACAACCGGUACUGUUGAAUACGGUGUAAUAAGUCAAUAUAUUAAAGAACGCAAUUACACUUCAGGUGUCUGGGUUGGAGCGUACGUAGAUUACGAUGGUUUCUAUAAAUGGAAUACAAGCUCAACAAAACUACUUUAUCAGUGGGUAGACAAUUUUACGCAGGUCAAUGUUUCUAGUAGGACUCAACUUUCCUGUGUGGCCAUGAACCCAAUCGAAGGAUUGUUUUAUGAAGUCUCUUGCGCAAUCGCAAAUUACUAUCUAUGUGAGAGAGCCGACCCAUGCUGGUUCUUGAAAGAGUCUGUCUACAUUCGUGGUAGAUGUCUUGUUUUAUCCAACACCAUGUUGACCUGGACUCAGGCUAAGAGCUACUGUGAAAACAACUUUUAUGGCGGAAGACUUUCUGAAUUGAUCUUUGAAAACGAGAGGAAAACAUCUUCUGAGUUGAUCCACUAUUUUAGAGUCAAGAGUAGCCAAGCGUGGAUUGCUUUAACAUCACGAAAAAACGGAACAUUUCAGUGGACUUACUCUAAUACGUCUAUUUCCAAGUUUAACGGUUUUCAGUGGCAAGAAAGUGGACAUGAUUACCUUGUUGGUAAUGAAAGCUGUGUGGCAAUAGUCGACGUCGACACUUUCAAUGUCACGGGCUGCGAGGAACUUAGUAAUGUGCUUUGUGACAUAGAGGUCAAUCGUUUGGAGCCAAUUACAGAUCCCUGCUACCCUUGGAAAAAUUCUGUAUUCGAUAAUGGGACUUGUUUUAUUCUCUUCACAUCUCUAAUGACUUGGGAUAAAGCGCAUACUUUAUGUGCAGAGAAAGGUUACAAGCUUGUAGAACUUACAACUGACUCAAGGCUCACUAGUGCUGCCAACUUUUUGAAAGUUCAAGGUCAAAGUGCAUGGGUUGGUGCUCAAAGAAAGAAUGACCCAUACAGCCAUGAGUUUGCCUGGACAAGCAGCAACGUCUCCAUAACUGUGAACUGGACUGAUGUAGUGGACACAAAUACUUCUGAUGUGUGUGUUUUGUUGGAUCCUGUCAGUGGACUGUAUGGCGAGUCUUGCAGCAGUCAGCACGCUUUGGUCUGUGAAGUGGCGAAGAGAGAUCCAUGUAAGUCAAUCAAAAGUAAUUACGUCUCUAUCAAUGGACAAUGUUACUUGAGAAGAAACGAUCAUCUCUCCUGGACUGAAGCACAGGAAGCUUGCUUAAAAGACAGAAGCACGCUGGCCUAUCCCUCAAAUACAACAGACUUUACCAAUAAACUGUUAACAAUGGUCAAGUUGAAUGAGACAGUCUGGCUUCAAGACAGUAACAAUAAAGCUGUGAAAUGGUUUAACGCCAGCAUCGUCCCAGCAACUAGCACUGACUCCGAAACACACGCAUUUAUAUGUCAGACAGCUGCAGCAGCACUAAGACUAAAGGAUUAUAUUAUAGCAGUACCCACAGCAUUGACAGCAUCCAGCUCUUUCAAGAACAGACUUUCUAUAACCUCCAGCUACUCCACUAUAACAGUGUACUUGAAUAUAACGUCUGUGUGUGGAGCUCAAAUGUUAUAUAAAUAUUAUAGUGUGGACCCAUUCAGCUCAUUAACAUUACAUCUGGAGCCUCUGGUGAUAUCGUGUAAUAAAUAUGUUUCCAGGCGCUACGCCCAGGUGACAUCAACGCAACCAGUAACUAUUGUCUUGCAAGUGGAAGACAGCGCCAGUCGAUUGGCUGGCUCAACUCUUGUGUUACCGGCAGCCAUGUUUACCCCAAGCGGUGUGGCUCGCUCUUACUUUGUAGAAAACAUAUUGAAAAAAUUAAUUGGAAGUGAUGUUAAAUAA